AUGUGCUAUUUGCCUAUUAAUAUUUUAUAGAAAUCCAUUUUCAGAAUAUUGGUUAGUUAAAUUUAUCAAUUACUUUAAGAAUUUUUAUUGAUAUCCUUCUUUCUAUAUUAUCUGAUUCUAUUUCGAGUUGAGCAUCAUUAUCAUUACCAUUCAUCUUAUUCUAUUUUAGAAAUAAAAUACUUUUUUCCAUUCUUCUUCAACAGCUUGAUCAUAAAUAUCAAUCGGUCUAGUAGUUUUCUUUUUUUCUUCAGUUCUGUCUCAGCUUAUAUUUGUAAUUAUUUAAAGACUCGUAAAAUAUCUUUCUCAAUCAAUUAAAACUUCUUUUCUAGUUCUUCUUUAUAAUUUGUUAAUUCCUCCAUCCCUCAAAAUCUUAAAAUCAAUAUUACCUCUAAUCUAUGA